GUACAUGUCCCAGUCAUUUCCAUAAUUCAUCAUAAAUUGUGCACGGGUGCUAUAGACGCACAAAACCAUCAAGAGCCACAAAUCAAGCACACAUAUUAUUUUCUCUAAAUAGUAACAACAGUAUAAUUAUUAUCAACAAAUGAGCUCUUAUUUUGUAAACUCAUUCUGCGGUCGGUAUCCUAAUGGCGCGGACUACCAGUUACAUAACUAUGGAGAUCACAGCUCGGCGAACGAGCCAUACAGAGAUUCCGCAAGCAUGCAUUCCAGCAGGUACGGCUAUGGCUUCAACGGGAUGGAUCUCAGUGUCGGACGCUCUGCCCCCGAACACUUUGGAGUCAGUGAGCGAGCUCCGGGCUACGCGCCCAGCGCGACAGCUGCGUCCGCGGAGCCCAGGUACAGCCAGCCGGCUGCAGCGACUCACUCGCCUCCACCUGACCCGCUACCUUGCUCCUCUGUCGCCAGCUCUCCUAUCAGCGAAACUCACCGCAGUGUUAAAAACUCCAUCGCGAGCCCUGCCACCUCCUCCUCCAGUUCAAACAGCAGCAGCGCGCGGCUGAACAGGGAAGGUGUCGCCAAGCCGCCCGUUUCUGAAGCGGACAAGCCGACAGGCAGCGCGCAGGCAACUUCCCCAAACCUCACCGAGACCACACAGCCGCAGAUAUACCCGUGGAUGCGAAAACUGCACAUAAGUCACGACAGCUUGGCCGGACCCGAGGGCAAGCGAGCCAGGACAGCCUACACACGCUACCAGACGCUGGAGCUGGAGAAGGAGUUUCACUUCAAUAGGUACCUGACUCGCAGGCGGCGAAUCGAAAUCGCGCACGCCCUGUGCCUCUCCGAGAGGCAGAUUAAGAUUUGGUUUCAGAACCGGAGGAUGAAAUGGAAAAAAGACAAUAAGCUGAAAAGCAUGAGUAUGGCCACAGCGGGGUACCGGGCAUAA